AUGAGUAGCUGAUUAAUUGUUUGGAGCUGUGAAUGGUCUUCUUUAUUCUAAGAAAUCAUCAAAUUCUCCAUCUGCACGUCUUAAAUUANAGGAAGAAAUACCAAUAUAAAACGAUUUAAUUUAUGUGGCUUUAGAGAAGAAGAAUAAUAUAGAUAUACUAAACGUUAAGGCAAAGAAAGCUUAUUAUAAUUAUGAUAUAGCUUCUGCCUAUGAUUGGUCAUUGAAGGCAAUAAAAUAGGAUCCAUUAUAUUUUGAAGUGAUUCCAACCUAUGUUUCUUGUUUAUUAGAAUUAGAAUAAAUAGCGGAACUCUAUUAUUGUGCUCAUAAUUUGAUUGAGAAUUAUGCUUAAAAUGCAUUAAGUUGGUUUGUUGUUGGAGUUUAUUAUUUUUCCUCAAAGAAAUAUGAAGUAGCAAGGAAACAAUUUUAAAAAUCUAUUUAGUUAGAUUAGCAUUUAAUAUAUAGCUGGAUCGGAUUAGCACAUUCUUAUGCAAUAUAAGAUGAAUCUGAUUAAGCUAUGUCAAUAUAUAGAUCAAUUACUAGAUAAUUUCCAGGUUGUUAUUAAGCCCAUGUUUAUAUUGGAAUGGAAUAUUUGAGAACCAAUAAUUUACAGACUGCUAUCUUAUCUUUAUAACAAGCUAAAGAUAUUAAUCCAACUGAUCCAAUGAUUUAAAACGAAUUAGGAGUUAUAGCUUACAAAUAAAAAAAAUAUCAUGAAGCCAAAGACGUAAGUUUAUCAAAGUUUAUUAUUCUAGUAUUUUCUAAAUGCUUUAGUAUAUUGUUAAAAUUCUAAUCAUAAAAUUAGAGAAUCUGCAUUAUAAAAUCUUGGACAUACUUUUAGAAAAUAGAAAGAUUAUAAAAAUGCUAUUCAAAUCUUUGAAAAGUGCAUAUAAGUAAAAAUUAUUAAUAAUGUAGUUGAAUUCUGUUUCUCCAUAGAUAUUUUUUGGUUUGGCAUUUUCUUAUCAUUUAAGUGAAUUGCCAAAUAGUUUAAGCAAAGCUAUUCAUUAUUAUCAUAAAUCGCUCUCAUUAAAAUCUGAUUAAACUUUUGUUCAGGAUAUGUUAAGUAAAGCUCUAUAAGAAGCAGCUGACAUAGGAUUAUCAGAAUAUAUAUAUUGA